CGCUUUUCAUUCCAGCGUCCCUCCUUGCUUCCUCCUCCUUCCCUGUCGUUCCUCCUCGCGUCCCUCUGCGUUCCGCCAGCUAACCGAAAUUCCGGCCACCCCCGCCGGAGCUCCGCCGUGAAACCCUCUCUCCAUCUCCGUCUCCGCCUCCGCCUCCGCCUCCGCCUCCGUCUCCGUCGCUUCCUUCCGCCGUCGCGACCGUAGAUAGAUGCCCUUCCCGCCCGCUCAUGGCGAACAACCCGAGUGACGGCGCCAGCGACGAGUUCCUGGAGCACCUCCUCGGCCUCCCCAACUUCGCUGCCGCGGCGGAGGCCGGCCUCGCCCCGGGCGACGGGACCGGCCUGUCCGUCACCGCGGCCACCCCGAUGAUGCUCCAGCUCGGCUCCGGCGACGGCUCCGGCGGCCACGGCCACGGCCACGGCCAUGGCCAAGGCCACUUGUCGGCCCUCGGCGGCGGGGGAGCGGGGGCGGGGGCGGCGGUGGCGGCGGUGCGGGGGUACCAUGGGGCGGUGUUCCCGCUGGGGCUGAGCUUGGAGCAGGGGAAGGGAGGGUUCCUGAAGCCCGAGGAGGCGUCCGGGAGCGGCAAGCGGUACCCCGAGGAGGUCGUCGACGGCAGAGCUUCGACUGUGAAAAACCUGCACUCCCCGUUGCCCAACUUCCCAGAUGUUUCGCAAAUGGCUUCUUUUAGGAACCGAGAUGUGUUUCAUGGACAACCAGUGCCCAACCCUGUUCCUGCAGCACCACAUCCACCAGCAAUGCGCCCGAGAGUAAGGGCUAGACGAGGACAAGCUACAGAUCCCCACAGCAUCGCUGAACGAUUGCGGAGAGAGAGAAUAGCAGAAAGGAUUCGACAAUUGCAAGAUCUGGUUCCAAGUGUUAACAAGACAGAUAGAGCUGCCAUGCUUGAUGAAAUUGUGGACUAUGUGAAGUUCCUGAGGCUCCAAGUUAAGGUUUUAAGCAUGAGCAGAUUGGGCGCAGCUGGUGCAGUGGCCCCACUUGUGACCGACAUCCCACUAUCAUCAGUCGAGGAAGAAGGCGGUGAAGGUGGAAGAAACCAGCCAGCCUGGGAAAAGUGGUCGAAUGACGGCACGGAGCGGCAAGUUGCUAAGCUCAUGGAGGAGAAUGUUGGCGCCGCAAUGCAGUUCCUUCAAUCCAAGGCUCUCUGCAUCAUGCCAAUCUCUCUAGCCACCGCGAUCUACCAAACUCAACCGCCCGACACCUCCUCCCUUGUCAAGUCUGAAAGCAAUCCACCAUCCUAGACCAGCCACAACACAGGCGCCUCCCCUUUUUCCAGGUCCCACCAAAGGCUCAAGACUUAAAUGCUCCUUGGUCCCCGCUUUAGUUUGUCCCGUUUCUACACCUUCAAAAACCAGUUGAUGGCCCUUCUUCCUUCCUCAAAUUGCAAUCAAAGUCAGAUGCCAUAGCCCUUGCUUUUCUGCCCUCUCUUUAAGCUUUUCGCCCGGACAGGUUCAAUGUCAAUGCCUAAUAAAAUACUAGCAGGCCCUUCAUGUCUUUGCCAAGUUCAACUAAAGGAGAGAUAUUCAAACCCUCACUUGAUAUGCUCUCUCUCUCUCUCUCUCUCUACCGAUAGAAUAUGCUUAGUGGAGAAUGAUGUGAGCGACUUUAUAGUGGGUGGGGGCUCUUGUUUUUCUUGGUAGUGGGUCGUGGGACCUUGUAAAAGGGAUUGGUUGUGUAAAGUACCAUUUGUAUAAUGUAAUGCGUAAUGUGUUCGAUGAGGGGGAAUGGAUUGCUUGGUAGAAAAUUGAGAAAUGGAUAGAAAAAGGUUGGCCCUU